UAAUAGCAUCUUCCUCGUCCCUAAAUGUACACGUUCCCGUAGCACGGCGAAUUAUGUAUGUAGAUGUGUGUAACCUGCCACGCUUGCAGACGGCAUGCGCGCAUGCGCAAGCCGCGCGUAGUACACACAGCUAAUCGUGACGUCAUGUAACGCCCGAUAACACUUUUGUUGUCGUCGGCCUAUCGUCGUACGUAUGCGACGAUUACGCGUGACGCACAGUUCUGUCCGGGACACCGACCAAGUCUGACGCAGAGUUCGAAAUUUCAAUUUGUUGAUAAUUUUGCAGUUUUAUAUAACGGAAAUUUUACACGAAAUAAAUUUUGUCGAAUUUUCGUAGCUUGUUCGUCAAGUGUUUACGAGUAUAUAGUUAUCAAGUAUAUUGUUAGUCGAUCAGUUUUCUUAUUUUGCGUAGUCGCGUGAAACAAAGGAAUAUGGAAAGUGUAGUGAGUGUGUAGAUCCGACGUUACAAUUUUGCAUAGCUUGAAAACGCUAAAAUGAGAUUAGAGGAAGAUCUUGUGAUUCGUAGGAGCAGACCAACGAUGAUUUCUGCCAAAUAUCGCGCAAGGGAGGAACGUCGACGACUGUUGAAAAUCUCGGCUGGCAAGCUGAGAAGAAUCGAGGAUCCGGAAGCCAGUCUGUGCAGAUCGGUUCUUAUAAACAAUGCCGUUAGACGAUUGCAACGCGAGAAUCGGGAUGAAAAGACGAGAAAUUAUGGGCUUCCGGUGGUCACGUAUCUAAAUGACUCCACCAAAGAGAAUAAUGUUUCCAGCAAUCUUAUCGUCGGAGUAACGGACGACGAAGCAUCGUCAAGGAAGAGAUUGAACGAUGACACGAGGAACGAUGGAAUCAGCUCUAAAAGACAAAGGCACGACGACCUUGAUCUUCAAGACGACGUGUUCAGCGAUUUUUACAUCUUGCCGCCAACUCCGCGACUACUCUCUCAUAUCGAUGAGGUCCAAGAACCCGACUCUCCUCAUCAUCACCAUCUAGUGUAUCCCGAGGAUCGUCUAGGCUCUGUGGACGUCCGAUCGGCAACGACGAUCAUCAGUACCAGCACAGCGAACACGACUACCAAUAAUAGCACCAGCACGACUACAAGUAGUUGCUGUAACUCCGUCAUGUUUCCUAGCGAGCUAGACGGCACUAACAGUCCAUUGACAAGUGUUACUAGAUCUAACGACGUAGGCAUGAUGGAGUCUUCGGACGUAGUUGAUCCUGACAGAAUCUGUGAUUUCGCGAGGUUCGCGGACUCCGCAAAGAGCCUGGAGGAACGUUUAGUUGAGUUACAAUCGCUGGAUGAACAUUUUGACCUAGCUAAAUUUGAAAGAAAUAACAAUCAAAGUUGCGGCAGAGCUUUUCACGACAUCCAGACUUUCCACAGUUUAGUACCUGGACUGGAAACCUAGAAGGGAGCCUCGUGCCUCGAGCACCAUCCUCUCGUCGUGUCUGGCUCGACGGAGAAGCAAAACCACGACCACGAUAACGACGAUGAAGAUAGACGGCUUCGCGGCACAUACGAGGAAUCACGGCGAGGAUGAACCUGGAUUUAGAGUGUGGACUCUCUGUCUGGAAGAUGGCGCCGCCUAUGGUACUCAGGCUUGAUGGAAUAAGCAUCGUCGACUCGGUUAGAUGACCUAUUAGAGGACCUGUUCGGUGUCUGCGGAAGUACAAAGAACGUUUUUUGAUAUCGAGGAAUGAAUAUGUGUUAGGGAAGAAAAUUUAGACCUGCUCAGGAUUUAUAUUUUGUCCUUUAAUUUGCCGGGUCGUUUAACCAGUGUCAACGAUUGGGAGACUGCGUAGGAGGACGAAUGAAAGGUUUUCACGGUUUACACGAGUUUUCAGCAGUACAGAAUUCAGUGAAUAGGACAUUUGUUCAGGGUGUGGUGCAUUUUCGAUAUGUACGUAACCAAUGAUUGGUAUCUUAUAACGUUGGUCGUACGACUACCGGUACCAAAAUGUCCUGGAAUGCGCAUUACAUAUAUAAUUUGUAUAUAUUCGAAUACGUUUCUAAGAGCACGUUAACGAUUAUAUUAUAGAUGAAUUUGUAGUGGACAUUUUUUUCGGAGAAAGUAAAAAGGAACGGCCGACGAAUAUGAGAAAAAUGCCGAAGAUGAGACGUAUGCGUCUGUUGUAUAUAAAUGCCUUUAGAGUAGUUGUAAAUCGAUGUAAGCGUGAUAUACGACCGAAAUCGAAUGAAUUUCGCUAUCGAGCGAUGAUGCCACAAAUGGCCUUCAAACUUUGUUAACUAUGUUAUUGUCUUUCUUUUCAUUCUUUUUUGUGCUUUUCCUCGCAAUUCUUGGAGACAAAGAAGAGAUUAAUUCUGGGUCUCUUAAAAAAUUAUCGCUAUCCGAAGUGUGAUUUUUUUAUAAAUCACAAAACAUUGAACGACGAGAAAUCACCACAGUUAUUUGAGAAAAGUAUUUCUAUCCGUUAAAGUAUUUUGUUCCUCCUUUUUGUUUUUU